CCUGCCCAUGUCAGGGGUGGCACUGGGUGGACUUUAAGGUCUCUCCCAACCCAAACCAGUCUGGUAUUCUCUAAGCUGCAAAUCCCAGUCUGGUCAUUCACCAAGGUUCUUCCUUUAUCCCAGCCUUCUGUAUAACCAGGAGCAGUUUCCACUGUCACUAAAGCCCAGGAUGGGUUUCCUCAGGGGUUCCUGCUGUGCUCUGGGUGGUUCAGUCUCUGAUAUUCCAUCCAUGGCUGAGCAGGUGCUGGUCAUCGGCGGUGGGGGCAGAGAACACGCCCUGGCCUGGAAGUUGGCCCAGUCCCCACAUGUAAAACAUGUGUUUGUGGCUCCAGGGAAUGCAGGAACAGCUGACAAUGGAAAAAUUUCCAAUGCAGCUGUUCCAGUCAGUGAUCACGCUGCCCUCGCCCAGUUCUGCAGAGAUCAAGACAUCAGGCUGGUGGUGGUUGGUCCAGAGGUCCCUCUUGCUGCUGGGGUUGUGGAUGACCUGACAGCAGCUGGGAUCAGGUGUUUUGGCCCCACAGCAAAGGCAGCUCAGCUGGAGUCCAGCAAGAGCUUUUCCAAGGCCUUCUUUGACCGUCAUGGCAUCCCAACUGCGAGGUGGAAAGCCUUCACUGACCCCAAGGCAGCCUGCAGCUUUAUUAACAGUGCAAACUUCCCUGCUCUGGUGGUGAAAGCCAGUGGCCUGGCAGCUGGCAAAGGAGUCAUCGUGGCCUCAACCAAGGCAGAGGCCUGCAAAGCUGUCACUGAAAUGAUGCAGGAUAAGAGUUUUGGCACAGCUGGGGAAACCGUGGUUGUUGAAGAGCUUCUUGAAGGAGAAGAGAUUUCUUGCUUGUGUUUCACCGACGGCGUCACCGUCGCUCCCAUGCCGCCGGCCCAGGACCACAAGAGGCUGCUGGAUGGGGACGAGGGGCCCAACACGGGAGGGAUGGGAGCCUAUUGCCCAGCUCCUCAGAUUUCUAAAGAUUUGCUGCAGCAAAUCAGAGAUACUGUACUUCAGAAGACUGUUGAUGGCAUGAGGAAAGAAGGUGUCCCCUAUUUGGGUGUGCUUUAUGCUGGAUUAAUGCUCACCAAAGAUGGGCCUAAAGUUCUGGAGUUUAACUGCAGAUUUGGUGACCCAGAGUGUCAGGUAAUUCUGCCCCUGCUGCAGAGUGAUUUGUACGAGGUCAUGCAGGCAGUUGUCACCAAAAGGCUCUCCAGCUCCCUGCCGGUGUGGCUGGAGGGCAGUGCAGCCGUGACCGUGGUCAUGGCCAGCCAGGGCUACCCGGGGGCGUAUCCCAAGGGCUUGGAAAUCACAGGGCUGGCCCAGGCCCAGCAGCUGGGGCUGGAGGUGUUCCACGCUGGCACGGCCCUGCGGGACGGCCGGGUGGUGACCAGCGGGGGCCGCGUGCUGACCGUCACCGCCCUGGGGCACGACCUGCCCACGGCCCUGCAGCAGGCCAACAGGGGGGUGGCCUCCAUCCACUUCCAGGGGGCCAUCUACAGGAAGGACAUUGGUGCUCGGGCCAUAGCUUUCCUCAGGCAAUCCAGAGGCCUGACUUACAAGAACAGUGGGGUGGACAUUGCAGCAGGGAACACUCUGGUUCAGAAGAUCAAGCCCUUGGCUGCAGCCACGUCCAGGUCAGGCUGCAAUGCAGAACUCGGGGGCUUUGCUGGGCUCUUUGACUUGAAAGCAGCUGGUUACAGAGAUCCCAUCUUGGUGUCUGGAACUGAUGGGGUUGGCACAAAACUCAAGAACCUGGGGAAAUUGCAAUCCUGUGGCUUUUCAACACCCCCCCGUGUGUUCUGUGGCUCCCCAGGAGGAGAGACGGCCGAGAUGCCGGGCAUGUACCCGCCCGGGGAGUACGACCUGGCCGGGUUCGCCGUGGGGGCCGUGGAGAGGGGGCAGAUGCUGCCCCAGCUGGACAGGAUCUCGGAUGGGGACGUGCUCAUCGGGGUGGCCUCCUCUGGGGUGCACAGCAACGGCUACAGCCUCGUCAGGAAGAUCGUGGAAAAGUCCUCCCUGGACUUCUCCUCUCCCGUUGGUGCCUCUGGGGACCAGACUUUAGGAGAGCUCUUGUUGACCCCAACCAAACUCUACAGCAAGACCCUGCUGCCCGUGCUGCGCUCGGGCCACGUGAAGGCCUUUGCCCACAUCACUGGGGGGGGGCUGCUGGAAAACAUUCCCAGAGUGCUCCCAGACUCCUUCGGUGUCGUUUUAGAUGCUCUUACCUGGAAGAUCCCUGAAAUCUUCAGCUGGCUCCACAAGGAAGGGAACCUGUCUGAGGAGGAGAUGGCCCGGACGUUCAACUGCGGGAUCGGGGCCGUGCUGGUGGUGCAGAAGGAGGUGGCUCAGCAGGUCCUGCAGGAUGUCCAGAGACACGAGGCAGCCUGGCUCAUUGGGAAGGUUGUCCCCCUGCAAAAAGGCUCCGACAGUGUUCAAGUCCACAAUCUGCAGCGAGCCUUGCAGGCCAGCAGGUCCCUGUCUGUGCAGAGCCACCUCCAGGGCAGGAUGCAGGCAGGCAAGGUGAAGGUGGCUGUCCUGAUCUCUGGAACAGGCACAAACCUGGAAGCCCUGAUCAACAGCACCAAGAAAAGCACCAGUUUUGCCCAGAUCGUCCUGGUGGUGUCCAACAAGCCCGGGGUGGAGGGGCUGAGGAAAGCUGAGAGAGCUGGGAUCCCUACAAGGGUGAUCGAGCACACGGCCUUCCCCAGCCGCGCCGACUUCGACUGCGCCGUCGACCGAGUGCUGCGGGAGUUCUCAGUGGAGCUCGUCUGCCUGGCGGGGUUCAUGAGGAUCCUGUCGGGGCCCUUCGUCAAGAAGUGGGAAGGGAAGAUCCUGAACAUCCACCCGUCCCUGCUGCCGUCCUUCAAGGGGGCCCACGCGCACCGGCUGGUGCUGCAGGCGGGCGUGCGCGUCACCGGCUGCACCGUGCACUUCGUGGCCGAGGAGGUGGAUGCCGGAGCCAUCAUUUUCCAGGAGGCGGUGCCGGUGAAGGUGGGCGACACGGAGCAGACGCUGGCGGAGCGGGUGAAGGAGGCAGAGCACAGGGCCUUCCCUGCUGCCCUGCAGCUCGUGGCCAGCGGUGCUGUGAGAGUGGGGGAGGCUGGGAAGAUCUACUGGAAGUAGGAGCAGCAGCACGUCCAUGGAUGUCCUUGGAGGGGACAGCUGGGGGGCCCUGGCUGACCCACAGCACGGACAGCGUUCCCUUCACUCCCCUCAUGGCCUCACAGGGGUAAAGAUUCAAAUAAAAUCCAGAGAAAGCCACAAACGGGAAUGUUGAGGCUGUUCCCAGGAGGUGCA